UAUAAAAGGCUCGAUCAAUUGUGUAUUCAUGUUACAUCCGGGAAUGACGAAAUCAAUGGGUGAAUUGACAGCAUAGUGGCAGGAUUCCAAAUCAGACGUAAACAGACCGGGUAACAGGGUGGUUCGCCUCCUCAUCACCGAUAUGUAGUCGAGGAUACGUGGACGUUAGAACAAACGAGGAAGGCAUGGCAGUGUUCAUUCUCCUACUUGUUCUUUGCCUGGGCAUUCCUGCCAGUGUGACAGCAGAUCCCUGUUUGACAUACGAGAAUUUCACCGCCGACUCAACACGAUCGCCUAGCCACGUAGAAUCUGUGUACAAUAACAAGAAUUGUGAUGCAGUCCUCACUGAGAAAUGGUACAGAUUGAUAGGAGACGCGGGCACUGACCUGACUAAUGACAGUAGUGUUUUAGUUUCUGGUGGAUGUGGGACGCAGUAUCAACUCUGGAUGAAUGACACCAUGCCAGAUGUUUCAGAGGGAACCGUAGAUAGAAAGAUCUGCAUGACGUCACCCUUCUCAAACUGCCACAGUUCUUUCACCGUCCAAGUGAAAAAUUGUUGCUCUUUUCGAGUUUAUAAUCUCAAGAGUGCAACUAGCUGUCCUCAGGCAUACUGCGUCAGCCCCAGUUCUGUUCCUCCUCUCGACUGCCCUACUACUACGAGUACAACGGCUGGAACAACAACUACAGCUGAGGAUACUACUACCAGUGUUUCUACGACGACAGAAACCACCACACAAACAACUUCCAGUGUUCCUACCACGACAACAACCACCACACGAACUACUGCGACCAAAACAAAAACUCGCGACAAGCAUGUGACGGUUGUGAACACCAUCAGCACUGAUAUCAUCAUAACUGUAGUUGUCCUGUUAGUGGUCAUCACAGUGAUACUCAUAGGAACUGCCGUAUACAAAUCUUACAAGUGCAGCAAAGUGGACACAGAGAAGCAGUCGGCAUAUUUUACUCCUGUUCAGUACUAUACACAAAAUGCCUACAUGGAAAUCUGCAACCCGGCUCAAGUAGUGGAAAAGGGCGGGUUCAAUAACAGUGCGCCUGCCAAUACCCGCCACAUGUAAUACUAUCAUGACAGAAAAGAUGCACACUCUUUCUAGAGGAGUACAUACAUGUAUCAAACAACUGUCAUGAGAACUGUCAGCAACAUUUUUGUUUAUAUAAUUUGUCGUUUCAUUAAUUAUUGCUUUGAAAAUUAUUU